UCUCUCUCUCACACAUUUCCAAUAGCUUUUUCUUUUUCCUCUCAACCAAACAGUGCGCUCUCUCAUCCCCACCGAAUUUGGAUUUUCCUGGUUCAUCUUCUCUCUCUGUCUCCUCUGAUUUCUUUGUAUCUUCAAUCCUUCUAUUGCGACUUCUUCUUAAUUCAUUUUUGUCUUCUUACUCUUCGCUUCUGAACUACAUUUUUUGUGCCAUACCCUCUCUGCAUCAUUUCUCUAGCUUGUGGCUCAUUUUUCUUUGCUGUUUAUCCCUUUUGGUUGAUUACUGAUUGCUGAAGGUUCGGUUCGGAUAUACCUUGAUUGAUUUUUGAAGGGUACACAGUUUCUCUUUGAAUUGCUUGGUGGGAGAGGAAUCUGUUGUUUCGUUAAAUGCUCUAUACUUCACAGCUUUAUUUGGUUUUGUUGGUGAUAGGGUUAGACUUGAAAUUAGGGUUAGGGCCUUAGAUUUUCGGGAUUGAAAUGCCUCUGGUCGAGGCAAUGGCUUCGGAUCCUGUUGAUGGCUUACCGUAUUCGUUUGCUAAGGAGUACAAAGGCCCACCGGUGCCGUAUGAUCUUCCUCAAGCUCUUCCGAUCAACGUGGACCGGAUUCCGGUGGCUGCAGUGGUAGAUGAGGUGUCUUUUACUCAUAAGAUGUCUUUGCCAGUUGUACAACCGAUUUUGGCGCAGGAUGUUCUGACGAAAAAGUUCUCUAAAGAGUUGGAACCUGCUGGUGGGAAGUCUGUGGUUUCACCUACAUCUGUUAUUGCGUUUGAUCAGAGUACUGAGGAUAGUCGCAGGUGUCUGUCGAAAGAAUCAGAUUCUGGCUCUGAAAGAACUGUUUCACCAACUUCUGUUAUUGCCUUUGAGGACAGAGCAGCGAGUAAUCAUGGAUGUCAAUUGUCUGGUGACUUGAGUAGUUCAGGAGCUUUGGAGUUUUCAAAUGGGAAAAUUGUUUCUGGCGAAUUUUCGAAUGUUGGCAACUGCUCGAGGGCUUUUGGCUGCUCAUCGAUUAGUCAUGGAAAUUCUUGUGAGUUAUUAGGUGAGGCUGGGAGCUCUUGCACGAUAGAGUUUUCUGGUAGCUUUAAUAAAUCGCAGCGAAGCUCAUGUUCUUUGAGAGCUUCCAAUUGUAGGAAGGAAAGCAUGGAUUUCAAUGAUAUCAAUCAAGUUGACUGGGUCUCUACAGAAUCAGGAUUGAGUACAGAUUAUCCAUCUUCUCGGGUUUCAUCUAUGAAAGUUGUAAACGAGGGAGGUUGUAACAGUAGGCGGUCAGCUUCAACAUUUCUUGACCCUGAGUCUGAGGAUACAUAUAAUGAAGAGUACAGUCAGGAUGGACUAGAAACUUUGCGAGUGAAAAGAGAACCACUUAGGAAAGGAAAAAAAGGAUCAUGUUAUCGAUGCUGCAAGGGGAACCGGUUUACUGAAAAGGAGGUUUGCAUCGUCUGUGAUGCCAAAUAUUGUAGCAGCUGCGUGCUUAGAGCUAUGGGUUCAAUGCCUGAAGGUCGCAAAUGUGUUACUUGCAUAGGAUAUCCUAUUGAUGAGUCAAAGCGAGGAAAUUUGGGAAAAUGUUCCAGAAUGCUUAAGAGACUUCUGAAUGAGUUGGAGAUCCGACAGGUUAUGAAGGCUGAGAAGUGUUGUGAGGCGAAUCAGCUACCACCAGAGUACGUUUUUGUGAAUGGGGAACCUUUAUCUUUCGAGGAGCUUACAAUGCUACAGACCUGCCCCAACCCACCAAAGAAGCUAAAACCAGGAAAUUAUUGGUACGAUAAGGUUUCUGGUCUUUGGGGAAAGGAAGGACAAAAACCUUCGAAGAUAACUACUCCUCAUCUUAACAUCGGUGGGCCGAUUAAGGCAGAUGCUAGCAAUGGAAAUACAAAGAUUUUUAUAAAUGGAAGAGAAAUUACAAAAGCAGAGCUCCGUAUGCUGCAGUUGGCUGGAGUUCAAUGUGCUGGUAACCCACACUUUUGGGUCAAUGAGGAUGGAUCGUACCAAGAGGAGGGACAGAAAAACACCAAAGGGUACAUAUGGGGGAAGGCUGGAACGAAGCUUGUCUGUGCUUUGUUAUCGCUACCAGUUCCUUCUAAAUCUUCAGCUUAUUCUGGGGAACCAGACAGCAACCUUGUUUACAGAACUUUUCCUGACUACCUUGCUCUUCAAAAGCUCCUUUUAGUUGGUUAUGAUGGAUCUGGGACAAGUACUAUAUUCAAGCAGGCCAAAAUUCUAUACAAGGAUGCACCUUUCUCUAAAUAUGAACGUGAACUUAUUAAGUUGAAGAUCCAGAGCAAUGUGUACGGAUAUCUUGGUAUAAUUCUUGAAGGCCGUGAACGAUUUGAGGAGGAAAGUUCGGCUGAAGUAAGGAGGAGAAAGCUGUCUGAUGAAGUUGACCCUGCUGUAGGAUGCUCAAGUAUUGAUUCUGACAAAAGCAUAUACUCAAUUGGGCCAAGAUUGAAAGCUUUCUCCGAUUGGCUUCUCAAGACUAUGGUUUCAGGAACUUUGGAGACUAUCUUUCCUGCAGCUACUCGAGAAUAUGCUCCGUUGGUUGAAGAGUUGUGGAAUGAUGCUGCUAUUCAGGCUACCUACAAACGAGGAAGUGAGUUGGAAAUGCUGCCGAACGUUGCUCAUUACUUCCUAAAAAGAGUUGUAGACAUAUUGACAACCGAUUAUGAACCUUCCGAUUCAGAUAUCCUAUAUGCUGAGGGUCUUAUUUCAUCCAAUGGGCUUGCUUGCGUAGAUUUCUCAUUUCCACAAUCUGCACCUAAUGAUGAUAUAGACACUGCCGAUCAGCACAACUCUUUGUUUACGUAUCAACUUAUUAGAGCUCAUGCAAGAGGAAUUGGUGAAAAUUGCAAGUGGCUGGAGAUGUUUGAAGACAUUGGGAUUGUUAUCUUUUGUGUCUCUCUGAGCGACUACGAUCAGUUUUCCAUUGAUGGAAAUGGGGAUUCCGUGAAUAAGAUGCUACUUAGCAGGAAAUUCUUUGAAAGUUUGGUUACUCAUCCGACCUUCGAUCAAAUGAACUUCCUUGUAUUACUGAACAAAUAUGAUCUGUUUGAAGAGAAGAUAGAACGGGUACCAUUAACUCAGUGCGAGUGGUUCGAUGAUUUCCAUCCAAUAAUCAGCCGCAACCGCUCUAACAGCCAGAACAAUAUAAAUAGCAGCCCCUCUCUAGGACAACUCGGUUUACACUAUGUUGCAGUAAAAUUCAAAAGGCUCUUCACCACACUAACUGGGCGGAAGCUGUAUGUUUCACCUGUGAAGGGUUUAGAGCCUUAUAGUGUUGAUGCAGCUCUUAAGUAUGCGAGGGAGAUAAUGAAGUGGGAUGAAGAAAGAACCAACUUUAGCUUGAGUGAGCACUCGGUCUACAGCACUGAGGAAAGCUCGUUUUCUCACUAAUGAUUUAGAUCAAGGGUGGUGUGUAGAGUGGGUAGAAAUGCUAUACCAAUACUAAAUUCAUGCAGUUGUACAUACGAUAGCUUUGUAAAUGAACUAGAUAAGCCUAUUGCUUCCACGAGUAAUUGCAGCUGUAAGUUAGCAGAAUACCAUUUUGGUAGUAGAGGCAGAAAUUAGUGUUCAAUUUUCAAUAUUAUGAGGCCUAUUUUGGAGUAAGUCUUCAGUA